UCCCAACUCCUGGCCUCUUGGAACUGCUUCCUCUUCCCUCAUAACUUGAAGUAUUGUUUUACAGCCCAGAACGAGACUUCGCCAGUAGCAGCUCCUCCCAAGCUAGCGAAUUUUAGCCAUAGCUGUUUUUUUGUAUUAAACCCAAAUAAACUCGCACAAACUCGCUCGGCCGCCGCCGUCCCUCACUGCGCGCGGGGCCUCCGGGCCGGCAGGGGGCGCUGCUCCCGCGCCUCCAUCGCCGGGACGCGCCGCCCCUUCCGCCUCUUCGGCCGCCGCCAUCGCCGGGACGCCGCGCAGCUCCGCGCCAUGUCGUCGCACAAGACGUUCAAGAUCAAACGCUUCCUCGCCAAGAAGCAGAAGCAGAACCGGCCCAUCCCGCAGUGGAUUCGCAUGAAAACCGGCAAUAAGAUCAGGUACAACUCCAAAAGGAGACACUGGAGGAGGACCAAACUGGGCUUGUAAGAGAGACUGUCAUGGGAGCUCUAAUGAACGCUGGUCUUUCUGUGUCAGAUCGAUAACACCCUCAAGUCAUUCCUUCUGCGGUGCUGGACUGCAGUCCCUAAUGCGGGGUUUUUAUAAGCUGGUCUGGGUUAUUGAUGUUAACUGGGAAAAUAUUUGUAUCUGAAACAGGCAGACUGUGUUCUAUUGGUGUCCUUUCUUUCAGGCACCACAAUGAGMAUUGACAAUGCACAGGCUUACUAAUAAAUAUGGACCUGAAUGA